GUCUACGCCGCGCAUCUAACGACAACCACCUCGACAACUCACCCCCGCUGACUCUAGAUCAUACAUCUUUGAAUCAGCCCAUCAUGGUCAAGAAGCGAGCAUCCAACGGUCGCAACAAGAAGGGCCGUGGCCACGUCAAGCCCAUCCGUUGCUCCAACUGCUCCCGAUGCACCCCCAAGGACAAGGCAAUCAAGAGGUUCACCAUCCGCAACAUGGUCGAGUCUGCCGCCAUCCGUGAUAUCUCCGAUGCCUCCGUCUUCCCCGAGUACACUGUCCCCAAGAUGUACUUGAAGCUCCAGUACUGCGUUUCCUGCGCUAUCCACGGCAAGAUUGUCCGUGUCCGCUCAAGGGAGGGUCGCCGCAACCGUGCUCCCCCGCCGCGCGUUAGGUACAACAAGGACGGAAAGAAGGUGAACCCCAACCAGGCUGCCCCCAAGCAGACCACCGCAUAAACGAUCCAAGAGCGAUCGGGGUGUGUUGACGAACUCAUGGCGCAUGGUACGGUUCAAUGGGUGUCAUACUGGAUAUCAUGCAUGAUUCAAUGGAGGUUAGGCAGGCCAAUAUGAUGAUUACAGCAAGAGCUUGCUGCAACAGGUCGCGAGAGCGCCGAGGGCUAGUUACGAGCUUGUAAAACGAAUAUCCGACUCGAUCUGCGUCAGCCUCUUCCCGGUCCUGUUGUGACGUGUGUGGUGGUUGUGGUGAUACGACGAAUGCGCAUCGUGAUGGAAUUUCAGCAUUGCCUACAAUGGUCCAUAGUAUGAUUGUCCAAUGCAUUCGUCU